AUGAUGCUGCAGACACUGUUGAUGGGCUUGGCCCUUGCCCUGCACGGGGCGUCCCCCAGCCGGGCCCAGGUCCCCAUCCAGGCCAACUUCGAUGCCAGCCAGUCCGAGCUUGACUCAAGUCUGGGGGACAGGGAGAGAGCCCCCAUCCAUCUGCUCAUCCAACUUCAGGCGGGGGUGUGCUGGGUAGGACUGCAGGCCCCAGGGUCGUGCCUGCCACUCCUCAGGCCGCAAGCCGGGUGCGUGGUAGCUGUUCCUCGUUUCCGGGUCAGGGUUGAGGUGGCACAGGGACUGCCCUCAGCUCCCCCCGUAACCCCCCUGCAGUUCCAGGGCACCUGGUACGUGGUUGGGGUGGUGUCCGACGACCAGGGCUUCCUCGACUCCAAGGAUAACAUGAAGAUGCCUGUGGCCUUGGUGACCCUCUUGGCCAACGGCGACCUGCACCUCAAGUUUGGGUACCCCACGCCAGAUGGCAGGUGCCAGAAGACGGAGGAGACCUUGACCAGGGGUGCUGUGGACGGGCAGUUCAGCAAUGCGGCCAUGGAGCAGGCUGACGUCCGGGUGGUGUCCACCGACUACGAGCACUUUGCUGUGUUGUACUUGGAGACGCAGAAGGGGGGCGCUAGGAACGUCUGGCUGCAGCUCUACGCCCGGGCCCCAGAGCUGUUUCCUGAAGGUGCCCAGAAGAUGCAGCAGCUGGCACCCCAAGUGGGCCUGAACCCGAGCCAGGGUGCCCUGCUGCCCAAGUCAGACCAGUGUGCGGGCGCCUUCUAGGUGCCACUCAGUUUCCAGUGAGGGCUGCAGCCAUGGAGUGUGAGCGGGGAGGAGGCCAUGAUGUCAGCUGCUCCGUGUACCCGACCCUCCUCACAAUAAACUCCUCUCCACCCCCACCCUUCCAGCACAAUAAACAAUACCUCUAAAAGCCAAAGCUGUGCGUUUCUUGG